AUGGUCGGAACAUCUAGAUUUGUUAAUGAUCAGAACCAGACUGCACAGUUGGCAGCACAGUUUAAUGAGUUUUAUCUUGGUAUAACAUCGGCUCAGAUAAGUCAAAUUGGUAAUUAUAGAAUAAUUGAAGAAAUUGGAGAAGGAGCAUUCGGAAAAGUAUACUUAGCAAGACACGUAUUGUUAAACAUAAAAGUUGUAUUAAAAUGUGGAUUAAUAGAUGAUCCUAAUAUAGUGCGUGAAAUAUAUUAUCAUAAGCAAUUAAAGCAUAAAAAUAUAGUUAAUCUUUAUGAGGUUAUCAAAACAGAGAAUCACCUAUGGAUUGUAUUAGAAUAUUGUGAAGGAAGUGAGUUAUACUACUAUAUUUACGAAAAGAAAAGAUUGGACAUUCCAGAAUGUCAGAACUUAUUCCUUCAGAUCGUUGUUGCACUUAAGUAUGUUCACUCAUUGAAUCUAAGCCAUCGAGAUCUAAAACUAGAAAAUAUUUUACUAGCAGAUAAGAAACGGACUAUAAUAAAGUUGACCGACUUUGGGUUUGUGCGAGAGUUUAAUCCAUACAACAGAAAACUAUUAUCUACAAUAUGUGGUACUACUGUUUACAUGGCUCCAGAAUUAUUAAAGAAUGAAAAGUAUUCUGGUUUUGCCGUUGAUAUAUGGUCAUUAGGAAUAAUACUAUAUGCUAUGGUGUAUGGCGUUUUACCAUUUGACGAUGAUGAUGAUAUGAAGACACGAACCAAGAUCCUUCACGAACAACCAAUAUAUAGCGAAAGGAUUCCAGAGGAAGUUAACCAACUAAUAAGGAAAAUGUUAAAUAAAGAUCCAAACCAAAGACCUGAUUUGAAUGAAAUAUUGAAUUCAUCCUUUUUGAUUGAUCAUCAUACAAAAUACUUGGCUCAAAAUAGUAAACGAGUUGCAACAGACGCAGAGUCUGUUCUUUCAAUCAAUCAACAUUACAAUUGCGCCAAAAGACCCUUUGAAUCCAAAAUUGAACGUGAACUAGUCAAACGAUUACAGCGACUUAACGUGGAUAUUGACGAACUACAAGCAAGUGUUUUCAAUAACGAAAUGAAUACCCUAACGGCUUUUUAUGAAUUAUGUUUAACUCAGGAGUAUUCUCGCAAGAAACAAAAGUAUAUGCGAGAAAAAAAGCGAAAAUAUUACGAAGCAAAGACUACAUUAAAGAAAUCAAGAAAGAGAGUCAAAAGUGCCCUCUCUCUUUCUGACCAGUCAGUUUUAAGUUCACAACCUAUUGAAAGAAUAAUUUCAUCUUUGAGUUUAAAUUCGUUGAAAAAUUCAAGCAAGACAAAUUUAUCAAAACAAGCUAAUGAAUAUCGAAAGUCAAUGGAUUUAGACAAGCGAAUAGACCCACCUCUGCCGAAGACCGGUAGCGGGUCUACUUUACGACUUGCCUCCAAAGAUGAUCCUCCAAAGGCAUUAUUUUCAUUGCCAGAGUCACCACAAUCACCCACUUCAAAUUCAAAAAUUUCUUCCAGGUCAAGAAGAGGAUCUCGCACUAUAUCUCCCUCAUCAACGAGAGUCGAUACUUCCUUGAGACGUUCAGUGUCAUUUGUACCUGACGAAAGAAGAUUGUCUACGGUAUCGUCCAAUAAACUGGCAACUAAGAAAUCAAGCAGCAAAGCACAUAUUUUUAAUAAGCUUCAAUUUUGGAAGAAACAUAAGGAUCAUGACAUGCAUGAAGAUGUUAUAUCACAGCUGAGUUUACCUUUGAGCACAAUAGACUCGGCCGAAAAGCCCUUAUCGAUGGGGAAUCAUAUUAAGCAAAGCCGAAGUCAUGAUAUCCUUGCAUCCACGAGUAACGAACGUAUUCGUAAACCUUCAUUCUCCAUUAUUGAUACAGAAAAACCAAAUAUUAUGGAAAACCCAGUAGCAAGUCCGUCAUUUGAGCAUAUUCAGCCAAGUAGUCAGACAGGAAGUAUAGAUGCCCCUCGGACACCUCCAGAGACUAGACUUCGUCGUACCAGACCUUCAUCUAUGAUUUCUCAAGUUAGUGAAAUCAGCAGACUAAGUCAAUUGUCAACUAUGUUGUCCGAAUCUGAAUUGGAUAUCUUAGAUGAGACUGAUACUAUGGAAGACGAUGACGAAGAUGACGAAAUGUAUGAAUCCAGUCUUAAUAUGUCACACGAUAAUAGAAUACUGUCUACUGGAAUGACGCCUAGUUCUAGUCUUGGAGCUACACAUAAUAAAAGUGGGAAUGGAAAAAAGAGACCUGGGUAUAGAAGGACAGUUUCAUCAGAUACGGCAUCUUCAACUGGAACCAAUCCUGCGAUGAGAUUGAAAUCAUCACUCGCAGAUCUACCAAGUAAUUCUUCAGAAGAUAUAUCUGAUCAAUCGAUCCUUGUUGCUCCAAUUCCUACUAAGAAUGUCCUACUGGAAGAACCACCUACUAUGGAUUUGUCUCCUCUCCCUGAUUUUGCCAAGAUGAGAUCAAUGAAAAGUGUAAAUAACAAUGCAUCAUUUUUUAACAAUUUACCAUCACCUGGAACUACAUUUGCCGACCAACAACCAUAUUAUCGUACUCAUUCUCCACCAUUAGGUGGGUAUAAGUUGGGAAAUAGAAAGCCGAUGAAGCCUGUGUUUGAAAAUAAGAAUGAAAGCGUUAAACAGGUUAAAAGACGCACUAAUCCUAGUCCAACCUUCUUCCAAGCUACAUCAUCACCUUCUCCAAGGGUAUAUGAAGAAACAAGACAAGUUGAACAUUGGAUUCAGAGUUCUAAUUAUCAUAGUAAUUUGAAACCAACGUAUGAGCCUGUCAUAGAUGAAGAAGAUGAAGGUAGUGAUAUGUAG